AUGACCGCUGAAAGAGGGCACUGGACGGGGAAGUGCGAUUUCUUCUUCUCGGCACUCGGAUUUGCAGUCGGAUUAACAAACAUCUGGAAGUUCCCAUACCUCUGCUACAAGUAUGGAGGAGGUGCAUUCCUCCUUCCCUACACCUUCAUGCUCUUCCUCGUCGGGAUUCCCAUGUUUCUCGUCGAAUUGACCAUCGGCCAAUUCUCAGCCCUCACUCCAAUCAAGUGCUUUUCGAACAUGGCUCCUGUGUUCGCCGGAAUCGGGAUCACCUCUUUCCUCGAAUCCAUCAAGGACAUCGUCUCCUACAACAUGAUCAUCGCCUGGUCCCUGUAUUACCUCGGCCUGUCCUUCAAGUCGGAUCUCCCUUGGACUCACUGCGGUCAAGACCACAACACGCACCGGUGUUACAGCGACACGGAGAAACGAUUCUGCAUAGAACGCAAUGAUUCAAACGUGUACUUCAACGGGACUUGUUUCGAUGCUGCGAUUUCAGAGAGGGAAGGAAUUUCGGAGAUCUCUCCGGGCGAAAGAAUCUCAGCAUCGGAGGAGUACAUGAAGCACAGCGUAUUAGGAAUCACAUCUGGUCUGGAAGAACUGGGGACUCUGCAGUGGCGACUGGUCCUGUCCUAUUUCGCAGCUUGGGUUUUGAUCUUCUUAUGUCUUUGCAAGGGGAUUCGUAGCUCAGGGAAGGUGGUGUACUUCACGGCCACCUUCCCUUACGUCGUCAUGGUGGCUCUUCUAGUCCGGGGAGUGACUUUGCCUGGCGCUAUGGACGGAAUCCGCUUCUACAUCGUCCCUCAAUGGGACAAAGUCAUGAACAUCAAGGUUUGGGAGCAAGCCCUGGCCCAAAUACUUGGAAGCUUGAGUCUGGGCGGAGGAGGGCUCAUCACGUUGGCCUCGUAUAAUCGGUUCAGGUACAACCUCAUCAGGGAUACUUGGGCGGUGAGCUUGGGGAACAGCUUCACCAGCAUUUUUGGAGGCUUCGCCAUAUUUUCCACUCUCGGCUUCAUGGCACAUCAACUGGAAGUCCCCGUCGAUCAGGUCGCGAGGGAUGGGACAAGUCUGGCUUUCAUCGCGUAUCCCGAACUCAUUGCCCAACUCCCUGCGUCUAAUUUCUGGGCGAUUCUCUUUUUCUUGAUGCUCAUCACCCUGGGACUGGACUCGGCAUUCGUCAUCGUCGAGAACAUAUCCAGUCACAUCAUG